CGCUGGAUGGCCGCGUUAUAACUGGGAUCCUCGCUGACGUGUGGCUGCCUGCUCCUUGGCAGCUGUCGCUUUGGACCAGUAGGCAGAGGGAAACUGCCGCUGACGAGUCUUUUGCAUCUUGCAAGGGACUGUAAUCUACUGUAGAGAAGAACAGAACCUCUCAAUCACGCGGUGUAAAUAAGAGACGGAGGGGAGUCCAAGAGAAAAGGAAGAGGAGGGGAAAAGUGCGUGUCGGGGGAGCGGGAAAAAGCAUUUUUGGUGGAUGGUAUGAAGCCAGCCAUGGAAACUGCAGCCGAGGAAAGUACUGAACAAAGCCAAGAGAGAAAAGUGAGCAGCAGAGCUGGAAUGGAAAUUGGCAGGUACCACUGGAUGUACCCAGGCUCAAAGAACCACCAGUACCAUCCCGUGCCAACCCUGGGGGACAGGGCUAGCCCCUUGAGCAGUCCAGGCUGCUUUGAGUGCUGCAUCAAGUGUCUGGGAGGCGUCCCCUAUGCCUCUCUGGUGGCCACCAUCCUCUGCUUCUCUGGGGUCGCCUUGUUCUGCGGCUGCGGGCACGUGGCCCUUGCUGGCACCGUGGCGAUUCUGGAGCAACACUUCUCCACCAACACCAGUGACCACGCCUUGCUGAGUGAGGUAAUACAGCUGAUGCAGUAUGUCAUCUAUGGGAUCGCGUCCUUCUUCUUCUUGUACGGGAUCAUUCUGCUGGCGGAAGGCUUCUACACCACCAGCGCCGUGAAGGAGCUCCACGGAGAGUUUAAAACAACCGCCUGUGGCCGCUGCAUCAGUGGGAUGGCGUUUGCUGACCUGCGGUCUAGAGGAGAAGAGAGCUUAGGAGCUCAUGCAAAGAUAGGCUCCUAA